UGUUGCGAGCUUAUGAGCAAAGAUCAGUUAAUAAAAUGUUGAUUGAAUGCAUUUCGCGUUGCAUUCCAUAAACAACUAGAAUCAGAGAAACGGAACUAAAGUUGAGAAAAAGAGGAAAAAACUUAAAAAGCUUAUUGAGCCAAGGGAAAAAACCCACCGAAUAUAUAAGCAAAAUAAUCCCCAGAGAGAGAGAGAGAGAGAGAGGAAGAGUGAAAGAUUCAAGUGACUUUUGCUUGAGACAGCAAAUGAACUUCAAUCCGGAGAGUUUUGUAGCGACAGCAGCUGCAACCGUCCAGAACUCUCAUCAUCCUUGCCAUCAGCCAGAGCAGCAGCAGCAGCAGCAGCAGCAACAACAGCAGCAGCAGCAACAGCAGCAACAUCAACAGCAACAGCAACAGAAUGGCUGCCGAGACGGCAGCAACAGUUCACGUGGCGCUGGCGAUGAGCGUCCAAAUGGACGCAAUUCGCACACGGGCAAUGGUCGUGGCUCCAGCUGCUCGCCGGCCAGCAGUCCGACGCGUCAUGGCAGCGCGGUGAGUCCGGUGAGCUCCUUGAAUCACUCGAUGAUGGCACAAAUGGCACAACAGCAGCAACAGCAGCAGCAACAGCAACAACAGCAACAUCACCAGCUCAGUCCGCCGCCGCAUGUUGCCGGCGCAUUGAGCACGGGCUUGGCACCUCGCAUGCCGCACGGCUUGCCGCCGCAUUCACUGGGCCUGCUCAAUUCACUGCAGAUGAUGCACCAUGCGUCGCCGCUGGAGCUGAUGGCCGCUGCUCAUCACCAUGUGCCACCGCGUUCAUAUAACUCACCGCCGCCCAUUUCCACCUCAGAUCCGAGUGCCAACGAGUGCAAGCUGGUGGAGUAUCGGGGCCAGAAGGUCGCUGCGUUCAUAAUUAGCAACGAGACAAUGUUAUGCCUGCCGCAGGCCUUUGAGCUAUUCCUCAAGCAUCUAGUGGGUGGCCUCCACACGGUCUAUACGAAACUGAAGCGCUUGGACAUUGUGCCGCUCGUUUGCAAUGUGGAGCAGGUGCGAAUAUUGCGUGGCCUGGGCGCCAUACAGCCGGGCGUCAAUCGCUGCAAGCUGCUCAGCUGUAAGGACUUUGAUGUGCUCUAUAGAGACUGCACCACGGCCAGAUGCCUAUCGAUCAAGCCGCCAGAGAGUUCCAGACCGGGUAGACCACCGAAACGUGGCCCAGUUGGCCUCUCGCUGCCGCCCACGCACCUAACACAGCAUCCCCAGCUGAAGAAGCAUAGACUGGACAAUGGCGACUAUGCCUACGAGAAUGGCCAUAUUAGUGAUAUAAAUCGUAUGGAAAAGUCGCCGCUGUUGGCCAACGGCUACAAUCCUCCACCCAUAAACCACAUGGCCUUUAUGCAAAUUAAUGCCCAUCAUCCUGGCGCUGCGGCACUCAUGUCACCCGGCAUGCCGCCGCACGGGCUCCACGCUCGUCCCGAGAGCCAAAUGUUGAAGGCGGCGGCACAAAAUGCUGGCAUGUCGGCAGCCAAUAUGGAUGCAUUGGCUCGAUCGGGCAUAUGGGAGAAUUGUCGUGCCGCCUACGAAGAUAUAGUGAAGCACUUAGAGCGGCUGCGCGAAGAGCGCACGGAUGAAAGGCAACAGGCCAUAUGCGCCGGUGGAAUCGAUCGCUGCGGCAGUGUUGUGAAUGAACGGGAAUUGAAGCCGAGAGAUCUGAGUUCGCGCAAUUGCUCCCCCACGCGCCAAAGUCCAGUUCUCAAUCUGAGCAAGUCCGGCGGCAAUACGGACCACGGCGGCAGCAACUGCGACGCUGGCAGCGAGCGCAGCGAUUGCCUCUCGGCAGCGGCAUCGCCGCGUGGGUCGCGCAGCCUCGACGAAGGCAGUCGCAGCGUUGGCGGCGGCCCCAUAAUUGGCGUCGAGGACGACGAGGAGGAAGAGAAUCUCAGUGAUGAGAACCAAUCCGAAGUCGAUGAACGUUGCUUGGGCAAAGACGAUGAAGACUUGAGUGACACGGAGCGUGAUAAUCUAUCCACGGGUUCGGCGGCCGCUACUGCCGCCGCUGCCGCAGCUGCUGCUCACUUGCAUCAGCAUGCUGCAGCCGCUUCGCACCAUCAUCAGGCCCAUCCGGCACACCAUCUGAGCGUGGUGGGCUCGCCGACCGCCGAUGUGGCUGCGGCCGCUGCACUGCAGCAUCAGCGCGCCCUCAACUACUCGCAGCUAGCGGCGGCCGCUGCCGUGGCCAAUGGAGCAGCCGCUGGAGCGAAUGCGGCAGCAGCCGCCGCUGCAGCAGUAGCAGCUAACGGACCCUCAACUGCCGGCGGUCGAGCAUUGACGCCUAACGAGGCCUUGUUGUCAUCGAAUGAUGGAACUGCGGCAGCCGCUGCCCUCGCUGGCGGAUUGGCGCUGGGUCCGCUCGGCCUCGAUUCCCAUGCCGUUGUGCCCGCCAGCUCUACGGAAACAUUGCUGCGGAAUAUCCAAAGCCUGCUCAAAGUGGCAGCAGACAACGCCAGGCAGCAGGAGCGCCAGCUCAGCUAUGAGAAAGCCGAACUCAAGAUGGAUGUUUUACGCGAACGCGAGGUCAAAGAUUCCCUCGAAAGACAACUUGUCGAUGAGCGCAAAUUGCGUGUGCUCUAUCAGAAGCGUUUUCGACGUGAGCGCAAGAUUCGCAUUCGAUAUCAACAGCAGCUGGGCGAUGAUAGCAGUAAAGGCAACGCAGGGGCGAGCGCCAGCAACGUCAGCUGCAGCGAGGCAGAGCUCGGCGCUGGCAGCGGCACGGCUGAUGGCAAGUGCAGCAAUGCUGGCAGCGAUGGGGCUGAGGCGCCAAAAGAUACUGACUGCGGCAGUCGCGGCGGCAGUGAUAAGUCUGACAAGUCCUUGAGCUCCUCGUGUGAUGUGACCAGCCAAACGGUGCAAGCGUCCUCCGCCUCGCACUCGGAUCCACCCACACACUUUAAACGCGAGCCGCACUCCGACCACGAGGGCUCCAUGGAGCGCCAACAGUGCAACAGCGCCACGCGCGACAACGAGCCGCGCUGCUCCAGUCGUGACCGCGAGGACCAACCACCGCCCAUUGCUGCCUCAGUGACUGCUGCCGCUGCUGCUGUCGCUGCCGAGGGCAGUCUGGCAGCAGCCGCCGCUGUUGCCGCCGCUACAGCUGCCACUGGCAACGGCAAGGCCACUUGGAGCUAUCCAGGCAUCGAUCUGAUGGCCACCGGCGCCUUCUGGCAAAACUAUUCGGAAUCCCUUGCACAGGAGCUGGAAAUGGAGCGCAAGACACGCGCUGCGAACGCUGAGCGCGAUGUCAAGAGUCCAUUGUCGGAGAGACCAACGGCAUAUUACAAGAACUCGGUGCUCUUUGGGAGCGCUAACUAAGCUCCAUUGCGAUCGCAUUGUUGCCAAGCUGCAACACGGAUAUUUGAUCUCAAAGUGCAAUCCAGGUGACAGCAUGUGACCGGACCAAA